GAUAAGAUAACCGAGGCUACAACGAACACACCUUGUAUUGCGUUCCAAACUGUUGGCUGUUGUUAGUGCAAAAAAAUAUUAAAAUAAGUGUGACAUUGUGAGUGAUCCAAAAUGGCACAAAGGAAGUCCUUACUGUUUUACCUGGCGGCUAUCUUGGUUAUCAUCAGCACACUAACACAUGAGGCCGAAGCAAGAAGAAAGAUUUUGAGAGGAAGGCAUGUCAUGACACGGACUUAUUACCGUGGCAACGCGAUACCAGCUUGGGCGAUAAGUCUCAUCGCAGGCAUCGGGAUGCUGUUGAUUGGCGGAGUUCUGUACGUGGUCAUGAGAAAACUCGUCCUCUCCUCCGAAACGGGCACCAUGAAUACGUAUCAGCCUGCGUUGCAGAAUGAAGACGUUUGAAGAGCCAAGUUUUAUACAAAACAUGAGUUGACCGUCUUUAUUUUAUGUAUUUUAGUGUUAUUUUAAGUUAAAUCAUAAAUUAAAUAUAACAAGAUCAUACCAUCCCAUACAUUAAAAUGCGACCGCCUAAGACCGCCCUUACACUCCACCACACAUAGAUG